UACGAUAUUAGGCUUGCAUUCUCGACUCAGUCGUAGUGUACAAGUCUGCGAUGUAAAUUCCUCGAAAAGCCCCGAAUAUAUUGGCCGUAUUCGGUACUCCGCAUGUGCGCAGCGACUCGACUCGACCAAUAUAGGUGCACAAGAACUAGCUAUGGAACGAGAGCUCAGUGACCUCGCACACGUCAAACUUGGCCAUCUCCCGAGUGCCUUCGCACGUCGCCGCCUCUCUCGACAUGUCAACCCGACAACUCGCCGCUUCACCCAACCAGGCAACUCCUCGACGCGCCUAGAAACAAGUAAGUUGCUCGCAUGUGCCAGCUCGGCUAAGCAGGGCGUACCAAGCUCUGUGCAAUGCCCACCGUACAGUGCAACUUCCGCCCAACGCACACGCCCACCAGUCUCAGCUUCCGAAUCGACUACGACACCCGGACAUGCGACCGCGACAUGGAACUCACAGACGGAUGGCCAGCGUACGUUGGGUUGAUAACGGUCGACCACGAGCAGUGGGAGGAACAAGAGAGUCGCACCAACGACCACGACACGUUCGUCAGCU